AGCCAACCACAGGGCAAAGGGCAACCUGCAAAAACAUUUUUUUAUUCCUAGUCUUUUACAUUUCCCCCGCAUUAUUCCCCACCAAACUCCCCCUUCACCAAACCCCUCUCUUCGCCUUUCUGUUCUAGUGUCUGUGCUCUCUCUUAAAACCCCCUUGCAUCGUAGAUCGGACCAACCUCUCCGAAUCCAACGGUCGAGAUGGCUCUAUCGCACCUGGCCACUUCUUCCUCCCGCUCCGCUGCUCUUCUCAGACCCCUCUCAUCUUCCAUCUCCCUUCGCCGCCCGAUCUCCACCGACACCACUCCCAUAACCGUCGAAACCUCCGUCCCUUUCACCUCUCACCAGUGCGAAGCCCCCUCACGUUCCGUUGAGACCAAUCCGAAGGAACUCCUCACUUUCUUCCGAGACAUGGCGCUGAUGCGGCGGAUGGAGAUCGCAGCCGACUCACUCUACAAGGCCAAACUCAUCCGUGGUUUCUGCCACCUCUACGACGGCCAAGAAGCUGUCGCUGUCGGCAUGGAAGCUGCCAUAACCAAGAAGGACUGCAUCAUAACCGCCUACCGUGACCACUGCACGUUCGUCGGUCGCGGUGGGACCCUGUUGGAGGUUUUCUCAGAGCUGAUGGGACGCCAGGCUGGAUGUUCUAGGGGCAAAGGAGGUUCGAUGCACUUUUACAAGAAGGAUUCGAAUUUUUAUGGUGGACACGGGAUUGUUGGAGCUCAGGUCCCGUUAGGAUGUGGCUUGGCGUUUGCGCAAAAGUACUCUAAAGACGAAAAUGUGACCUUUGCUUUGUAUGGUGACGGGGCUGCUAAUCAAGGGCAGUUGUUCGAGGCUUUGAAUAUCUCUGCGCUUUGGGAUCUGCCUGCAAUUUUGGUCUGCGAGAAUAAUCACUAUGGUAUGGGGACGGCAGAGUGGAGAGCUGCGAAGAGUCCUGCGUAUUACAAACGUGGGGAUUAUGUUCCUGGUUUGAAGGUGGAUGGCAUGGAUGCCCUUGCUGUGAAGCAAGCCUGCAAGUUUGCCAAAGAACAUGCCUUGAAGAAUGGACCAAUUAUUCUUGAAAUGGACACCUACAGGUACCAUGGUCACUCCAUGUCUGAUCCUGGUAGCACCUAUCGAACACGUGAUGAGAUUAGUGGUGUGAGACAGGAGCGUGAUCCAGUUGAAAGAAUAAGGAAGCUGGUAUUGUCUCAUGAUUUAGCUACUGAGAAAGAGUUAAAGGACAUUGAGAAGGAAGUGAGAAAAGAGGUAGAUGAUGCAAUUGCUCAAGCAAAGGAAAGCCCAAUGCCCGAACCUUCUGAACUCUUUACAAAUGUCUUUGUGAAAGGUUUGGGUGCGGAGUCGUUUGGAGCAGACAGGAAAGAGGUUAGAGCUACACUUCCAUAAAUUGAGACUUCUGUGGAGUAUUUUGACCCCAUCACUUCUUUUUGACUCCUUACCCAACCAUCAAUCUUUCGGAAGAAAGAAGAACAAUAAAGGACCGAGGGAAGGUGGCCAUCUCUUCCCAGCUACCAAUUUGAUUUUGCACUUCUAUUUGUAUAGAAUACUUGAUUCUUCCCUGGUUUACGGGCAGAAUUGUAGUAUUUUGAUUGAGCCAACCGUUUUACAUUUCCUAUGAUUGAGUAGGUUGCUGUUGUGCUCUGCGAUGUAUGAAUAUUCUUUUCUUGAAAUGCGAAAGAGCAUUUUAUGCUCACAUUUAACAGUACAAAAGGUAA